UUUUAUUUUAUUUGCCUUUUUCUUCUUCUGGGUUUUCAGAUUCUUCCCCAAUUUUUUUUUUUUUUUUUUCCUUUUUUUGCUCUCUCAAACACUUCCUUCUUAGGGUUUGUAAGGAUAAAGAAAACAAAAUUCCAAAUUUGCCAUUUUUGUUGCUGUUUUUUUUGCUUUGAAAUCUCUCAUUCCCUUCCCAUUUCAGUAGUUGAGUUGAGCAGUGUCUUUCAUUAAGUUUAUUAUAUAUUCUCCUUUUCCAUUUUUCGCCUUCCUUCUCUUCCGUUUUUGUCCUAUUUUCUUCCUCAUUUUUCAUCGAAAUCCCCCCUUCUUUUUGUUCAAUUAAAAAACCUGUUCUUGUUGUUCUUCCUUUGAGGGAUUUUUUUUCAAAAAGAAUGGUGAGAGGAAAAACUCAGAUGAGAAGAAUAGAAAAUGCGACAAGUCGGCAAGUGACAUUCUCGAAGCGUCGGAAUGGGCUUCUCAAAAAAGCCUUUGAGCUCUCAGUUCUCUGUGAUGCUGAAAUUGCUCUCAUCAUUUUCUCUUCUAGAGGCAAACUCUAUGAAUUUUCAAGCUCAAGCAUGCAGGCCACGGUGGAGAGAUAUCUAAGGCAUACAAGAUCAAAUCAAUCCCAUCAUCUUGAUCAACUUUCAGCUCAUCAACCCGAUUUACAAUCUGUGCAGAGUGAAGCUGCAAGUUUGUUGAAGGAGAUAGAAUCUGUUGAAGUUGCAAAGAGAAAAUUGUUAGGUGAAGGUCUAGGAAAAAGCUCAUAUGAAGAACUCCAACAACUAGAACAACAACUAGAAAGAAGCUUAUCCCAUAUUAGAGCUAGAAAGAAUGAGGUUUACAGGGAACAGAUAGAACAACUAAAAGAAAAGGAGAAGCAUUUGAUAGCCGAAAAUGCAAAGCUAGCUAAAAAGUACUUUGUUGAAGAGGAGCCUCAACAAUCUCCAACUGAUCAAAUACAGAUAGCAGAAGUUUCACCUAAUUAUGCAGAAAGUAGUUCCAUUUCAGACGUUGAAACUGAUUUGUUCAUUGGACCACCCAAGUCCAGAUCCAAGUGACUUUCAUUUCAUCUUCGUUUUAUACGUUGAUUAAUAAUGACGUCAAUAUGAAGAAGAUCAUCGUACCCAAAAUGUAUAUUAACAAAUUUUGUAGAUUUUAUUAUAACCUAGAAGUUAUAAUAACAUGAGAUUAGUAGAAAUAUUGUAACCAAAUAAUGAAUAGUAACAAAAUAUGGAAGAAUUGUAUAAUAUUUUUUCUUCCUA